UUCAUGGGCGUAUCGCAACGCCCCUUAUUUCGGAUUUAAACUAAUUAUAAAAAUCAGUACCUUCUGAUACCCGUGUUCAUAGACAAUGACUUACUUUUUUUUGAAGUUUCUACUCUUAAUUCUAUGUAUUGUGCGCUCAAAGAGUGAUAUUUAUAAAAAUCGACCAAAAAUUAAAACAGCCGAUGGUGAUUUAAUAAUUGAAUCUUCCUACAAUAAAAAUAUAUAUUUAAAACCAAAUGGACCAAGAUCAAGUAUUUUUGUUGGAAACAUAAAUUUACUGGACAUCAAUAUUACCAAGAAAGAAGAGAUUUGGACGCCAUCCGUUGAAUACAGCGACAGUGAACGAGGUAAUAAAAUUGGAAAUCUCAAUGAUAUUAUGGGAAGAAUUGAACGCUUGGAAAGCUUUAGUACAACAUUGCCUUCUACUAUUUCUUUAAAUGUCACAUAUCUCACACGACAAAUUAAUACAUUAAGAAACAGGAUACGCACCAUUCAGAGUUUAAUUAAUAGAAAAGGAAAGGAUGAAUGUCAGUCACAUCCUUGUGAGAACGGCGGGACGUGUUUAAAUCUUGUCAAUGGAUAUUAUUGCUUAUGUCCGUCCAAUUGGAAAGGAGUUAAUUGUGAUGAAGAUGUCAAUGAAUGUAGAAAUUAUGCUGGAACAGAUUUAGGAUGCCAAAAUGGUGCUACAUGCAUUAACAGGCCUGGCUCUUACGACUGUAUAUGUAAGCCCGGAUGGUUUGGCCUACACUGUACCAGAAAAGAGAGAAAUUGUACUGGCAAUGACUUUGAAAUUUGCGGGCAUGGCACCUGUUUACAAGUUACCACUGGUAUCGGAAUUAAGUGCCUCUGUAAUCAGGGAUGGACAACAAAUGACACGAGUGUCGCAUGUCUCACUGACGUAAAUGAAUGUUUAUCAUCUCAAGGUCCUCGGUGUUCCGUAAACCCACCCGUCGAUUGCAUUAACCUACCUGGUUCAUUUGUUUGUGGGUCAUGUCCUGUCGGUUAUGAAGGAGAUGGUUACAUUUGUCAUGAUGUCGAUGAAUGUCUCACUUUGUCCAACGGUGGAUGCAGUUUGAGUCCGAGAGUAUCUUGUCAUAACACGAUAGGUUCUCGACUCUGUGGCCCCUGUCCACCGGGCUAUGAAGGUGACGGCGUUACCUGCACAUGGAGAGGUUCAUGCAGCAUAAACAGGGGUGGCUGCCAUCCUUCCGCUCAAUGCGUUGAAACUCCUGGCUAUGGAGGACAAAUAGUGCAAUGUGUUUGCCCGCGGGGCAUGUCAGGAGAUGGAAUUGGUACUAACGGAUGCUUUGUAGCUUCAAAUGAUCUAAGUAAUGGUACUGGAUGCGAAAACUAUCCUUGUGGGGCGUACGGCGUCUGUCAUCCACUCCGUUUUGGAUACACCUGUAUAUGUGAUGAAGGAUAUGGCGGCGUUCACUGUGACAUUCAAUCUAGUAUCUGUUCCAACAACCCCUGUUUAAAUGGUGGAACGUGUAGAAGCGAUGGAAGAUCGGCGCGACGAUUUCGAUGUGAAUGCAUAGCUAUGUUUACGGGUGAUUUGUGUCAACUUCGAGUAGAAAUAUGUGGUGGUGUGCUCGACGCGGAAGAAGUUGAAGGACUCUUUCAUUCGACUCUUUGGAUCCAGCUGAUGUGAUGCAUGCGAUGGUAGCAUCACAUCUCAAAAACUUCGAGGCGCCUUUAUGGUUCUAAUAUAUAUCUAAUAAGGUAAUUAAAAAUAAUAUAGCCGAAUAUAUGCAAUCGGAAACAUACCAUUUUAAAUUCAUUCACAAUAAUAUGUUCUUUAAUUGUUAAUAACAAAUAAUUUGGACAAGAUUGCCGUGAGAUGAAUUAAGGACUAUUUUAAAUAGGAUUUUAAGUUUAAUGCAAUUUAUUAAUUACAUAACAUAUAAUGUAAUAUGUAGUAAAAACACUUUUAUUGAUAGUCAAGAUAAUUAACAUCGCUGAGUUUUUCAUAAUUUAUAAUGUGUAGU